AUGUCACGCAGAAGUUCAACUUCAGUGUCAAAUCGUAAUAGUACAGCAAAUGAAAGUGAAAAGUCGUCGAUUGAUAAUUCUGAUGCUGAGAAUUGUAUGGAUGAAGUUAAUAUUGAAUCCUUCGAUCCAAAAAUACAAGAACAAAAUUGUGUUGAUGAUUCUACUGAAACUAGAUCAACCUCACAAUCAAUUUCAACAGCUCACACUAGCGGAACUCGGCACACUUCUGUUGCGGAACAAAAUACUUAUGGAAAUCUUUGUAGUGAAUCUACCUCGUCCACAGGACUCAACCAAAACAAUUCAUUGGCUAUUAGUCUUGAGGAUCUCCGUGAUCCAGACUUCAAAAUACGUGGAUUUUCUGUCACUUCCUUAAAAGAGAAUUCGAUCUCCAAUGGAAGGUCUUCAAACAUGAGCGAAAGAAGUUUGAGUAUUUGUAGUGAAUUAAAUUCGAGAAUUAUGUUUCUAAGAGGUGGUAGAAAUCGAGCAAGUGGAAAAUCAAAUAAGCCAUGUAUGCCGAAACCUUUACAACUUUUGUCAAAAUUUGAUGGUGAUUAUGCAGACAUUGACGAACUAAUGAUAAAUGAGAGGAAUGCCCCUUCUGAUGAAGUUUUAUUGCACCAUAGCUUUAACCCAAUAUACUCGAAUGGUGCAGGAACGAUGCCAGUAAGCAAUGAAAAUAUAGACUACGUACAAAUUUGUCCCAUGGCAACAACAGCAUUGAAGGAGUUAAGCACUACUCGUAGCAAUAGUUUCAAGCGUUCAAACUCGCUUUAUGAUAUACUCUCGAUUCAUCAACCAAAGGAUACAACAAAAAUACAAAAUAGUGAGGCAGAUUAUUAUGCCUCCUUUGACUGGACCAAUGUUUGUAUGAGUCCCAGGGCGUUAACUUCCAGCGCUUCAUAUCUAACGCAUAUGUUGAAUAAAGGGAACCCGCAAGGAAAAGAUUCGGCAAACAGUUCUGGCAAGAAGACGAAUAGAAAAUGA